AUGUUUUUAGUUCCCUGUAAAGUUCGUUACUCCGGCCCCACCGCCGAAUUCCAAUCCCUCAACCAUAUCAGAGGCAGGAAGAUUGUUGGUAAAGAUAUUUUAUCCAAAUUCCCCGAUUCCAACGCUUAUUUGGCCCGCCCCGACAACGUGGCAACCCUCAACGCAAUCCUCAAUUGUGAACGUGACGGCAACGACCAACGGCUCCUUUCUGAGCUCCACAAGUUUCACGAGAAUUUAGACCUAAAUGAUGCCAUCCAUGCGUCUACGUAA